CCGCACGGCAACGCCGCCGGCCGCGCCGCACCGCGCGUCGCCCGGCCAGUCUGCCAAUCGCUCAGCGCAAGGACGGACGCGCGUUCGGUAGUGCCACUUUCAGACGAGUGUUUAAUAACUUGUGACCAAACUUAGUGCACUCCGAUUACGAGUGGAUCGGAUUAUCUGCAGUGUUUGUGACGUUCGACUACAAUGAAUGUGUGUUUCUAGUGCUGGAACUAUUUAAUAAAAAAGUUCUAUAAACCGAGCCGAUGGUCCUCUUGAAUAGUAACAUGAAAAUUAAUGGUCGCUAAUUGGACAUCAGCUUAAAAUGACGAUUGACAGAGCUGGCCGGCCACCAGCGCCCAGGCGUGCUUCCUCGACUUACAGAAGCUAUGAUGAACUAGGGGUCAUUGACCGAGCAAAACCCUUGAAGUACAGACACGGAGGCAUUGAAGACCUCACUGGAAUAGAACAGAUUAGAACUUACAGGACAUACGAAACGCAAGAUAUGGAUGACAUAACUGUUAUUAGUUCUGAGGAAGUUCCGAAGCCAAAAAAGAAAAUAGCUGAAGGUUUGGCUAAUGGGUUUCGACGAACUUUUUCUGUGAGGAGCCGAAGGGAAGAACCAGAAGGGAUACCUUUGGACACUUUCAAUAUGAAUUGUGAGGAGAACUUUGCUACUGUUAGAGGAGCGCCUUUCGGAAGGCGUCGGUCGUUGUCGAGAGACAGAGGCUCGUCGCUGCUAGGCAGGAGCUCUUCGGAGGGAGACGUGAGGAUGGUUCCCCCCCGCGCCCCGCCUGCCACUCCCGCGCCGCGCCUGCACCGCUGUCUGCGAGCUCUUGGCGGCAGCUGGAAGAACCUUUUACUAUUGGGCGGGAUGUCUCGCGGCGGGAGCGGCGCCGGCAAGACGGCGACCGCGAAGCGAGUGCCGCCGCCAGCAGUGCCCGGGGACGCCUUCGGGACUCCACAGCACCGACACUCGGGCUCCAGCUUCGGCUCGCAAGGGUACGCCUCCUGCGAGGAACAGCCGUAUCCACAGCCGCCUGAUACGCCGUCACAUACCAGAGAUGACCACUCAGACUACGGCAGCACGGUGUCGGGCGUGUCCGGCGUGUCGGGCGCCAGCGGCAGCCUCGGCAAGAGUCCGGCGGGCGGCGGCACCUUCACCUUCCCGCCGCCCGCGCAGCCGCUCACGCAUAAGGCUGCCGUGUAUUACCAUCAUCAGCUAGCCUUGAGUGAUGAUCAGGGGAUUGAUAUGACACAGAGCCCCGGUCGCGACAGCCCCGGCUCGUCGUCAGGCUCGGCCGGCUCCGGGUCCCGCCACUCGUCCGCGUCGCUGGACAGCGGCCGGGCUUCAGGCCGCAUGCCCCACCAUCACCACGCCGCGUGUCACUGCGGAGAUCUCGCUGAUAGGGUCAGAGCUAUGAUUGCGCAGGGUCUUCCGGACACAGACAUAAUCCACGCGUGCCUAGCAGAUCUUCAAAUGGAGGAGUACGCCCGUCUCUUCAUAGAGGCCGGGUAUGACCUGCCCACAGUCACGCGGAUGACUCCCGAAGACUUAACGGCUGUGGGGAUCAAAAAGCCAAACCAUCGCAAGAGGUUAAAGGCGGAACUGGCUAAUUUGAAUGUUCCAGAUAAUCUGCCUGAUUAUAUACCGGGUUCGUUAGAGGAAUGGUUACGCCUGCUACGGCUGGAGGAGUACGGGCCGGCGCUGGUGGCGCAGGGCUACCGCACCGUGCAUGACGUCACGCAACUAGCUUGGGAGGAUCUAGAAGACAUGGGCAUAGUCCGUUUGGGCCACCAAAAGAAAAUCCUUCUUGCUAUCAAAAGAGUGAAAGACAUUAGGGCAGGCAAGAGGAGCAUUAGCAACCAAGGAUCCUUGGACUUUACGAGAAUACAACCGGGACAGGAUUUAUAUCCUCGGGAGCUACAUUACCAGCCUUGGGAGCGACAGCGGAGUUACCAUAAACCCCCCGACCUAAACUUUGACGCCAUAGCGACGCCCCUUUGUGCCACAGACUUGGUCCCCAUUCAGAUACGUCAUCCGCGCGGGAAAUCGCUAGAAAGUCUAGAGGACCCUUCGGAAAGAGCAUCGCAUACGACGUUCUCGCCUGAAGCCGGGUUCUACUACGGCGGGGGGCAGUGGCGACGCUCCUACGACGACGGCGACAUCACUCCCACUAACGACGGGGGCUAUGAGGGCGGGGGGACUUUACCGCGGCCAAGGGGGCUCGUGCGGCCGCGGCCUGUCGCCAAGAUAGCUGCUACGCCACAGUACGCGUACGACGAGCUGGCGUACUCUGCGCGUCUGCAGCGCGUGGCGUACGGCGCCAGUCCGCACGUGGCUCGGAAGCCUCCUCCCGAGCCGCCGAAGCGUCAGAGCUCGCAGUACGCGCCGUUCUCCCGGUUCGGGCAGACGACGGUGGAGAUUCAUCCUGAGAAGUCGCUGCCGCUGUCGCUGCCGGCGUACCCGAGCUCGGACUCGCUGUCGGUGUCGCUGGACAGCACGGGGCUGCUGCCGCCGCCGCCCGCGCCCGCCUCGCCGCCCCGCCGAUACGACGACGACAAGCUGCGCACUGGAUCUGAUGCUAGCUUUAAGUCAAGCUCCAGCACGGAAUCGGACAGCAUUCCAUUUGCAAACGAAAACGCCGGGACCAUAAAGCAGAACCGCGGCCAAAUAGGCGGGAGACCGCACACGGUAGACUAUGGCCGCGCCGGCAUCGGGCUGGCCGGCCUGCCGCCGCGGCCCGAGCACAAGCCCGACAGCGACGACAAGCCCGAGCCUGUCGACGUGCUCAACGACAUCGGCAACAUGCUCGCCAACCUCACCGACGAACUCGACGCCAUGUUGGAAGAAGAAAAGCGCCAAGGACUCACAGAUUCCUAAAAUCCAUAAACUAAAAUAUUUGUACUCGAAUACAUUUCUUUUUUUAAAAUGAACUUGUCAAAAAUUCCAAAGAAUUGGACUCGGCAAAGACUUCCAGUAAUUUUAUGGUGUGCUGACAUUUUUGUAACGCGAUGCUGUAGGCAACAUUGAUUUAGGAGUCUAGCAGUAUGAUAAACACUUUUUGUGUACAUCAUAUUGCAUUGUUAUGACGUUUAUGAAUUCUGAGUAAUGAUUGAAGCGUUUUAUUGAAAAGCUAUUCGAUUUGAAACAAAUGAGUUUUUAUACAAAAUAUACAAUCAAAACCGAGCUGUGUAAGCAUUUCUUCCAUUGCAUAAUUAUAUUUACCUCUAUGUCAAAGGACUGACUAUAGUAGAAUGUGAUGUUACUUCGAUAUUUGAUUACUAGGGGAUUGAACUUCCCUGAACCGUAAUGUGACUAAAGUAUAUGACUACCGACGCUUCUGCGUGUGACCAUUCCAUAGCUGAGCUACACAAGAAGCAUAUAUUCGUCACUUGCCAUCAAACUAUUCCUACAAACGGAUAAUGUACGUACUAUAUAAUAGUUUUGUAGCAUUUUGUACCGACGUAGUACAUUUUAUACAUACUUGUAAUUUAAACAUAUACCUAGUUUGCUAAUACCCUCUGUUAUUUAAUUAGUGAGCUGUGUAAUUUUGUUAUUACAAAUAAUUAGUUCCUUGUAAUAUUAAAAUUGAGUGUUUUUAUUGGGAUAGUAAAGGAAUUAGAUGUUAGUCGGAUCCAAAAAUCAGACAAAAAUGGCUAUUUUUGUAAAUAUUGUUUUACUUAAAUUAUGUCAUAGAUAAAAUAUAUCCCAGUAGUUAGUUUUUCAUGUACAAUAAUUGUAGAUUAUCUGAUUAUGAUGUAGAGAUUAAUGUAGCUAGAAUUUAUACAGAACAUUAGUCUAGUGAUAGUGUGAAAAACUAGGGUUUACAUAUUAAUGUAUUAUAGACAAUUAUAAAGUUAGCUAUAGACCUCAUAGAACUUGUAUGUUAACAUUCUUGUUACGCAUUAAGGACAUGGCGUUUGCCCCAUCAUCGGAAACAAUACAAAGUUAUGCUUCUACUUAAUAUUCCUCCAUUUAAACGCUUAGCAACACUCUCACCCUGCUUGCAAAGGAACACAAAAUCGCCCUCGCAAAAAAUAUUGAAGAUGUUAAAUAAUUACAUGAAAAAUACCUUUCAUACUUGAUAUUAUUUACAUCUGAAUAAAAUUCACAAAAUGUGGUCUCUUAUUAUAAUUUUUUCAAUAGUCAACGCAUGUCCACUUACAACGUGAUAUCAAGCGGCCAUAAAGUAUACAACUAUUUUUUGUGAAGGCAAUGUUAUGUAAAAUGAACGUGCCCAUAGACAACAAAAACAAAAAUAACUAUUAUUUACCUACUUACUUUCUAUUUAAUUACCGUUAAAAAAUAAUACCAGUGGGAAAUAUUUAAUUAAAUUAGGAUUAAUUGUAUACUUAAAUUAUUUUAAUUUAAUAACUGGCUUGCAAUUUUACCUAACAUUGUUUUCAAAAUAACGCCCAUAACUUAACAAAUCCGUUACUAACCGAAUGUAAUUAAAAACAUAACAUCUUAUUAAACGUAGAACAGUAUAAUUAAGCUUAACUUUGUAAAUAUCUUGAUAGAAAUCAGUGUUUCUAUACAGUUUUCAUUGAUAUUCACUCUCAAAUGUAAACUUUUUGUAUACCUACAUGUUAAUACUAUUAUAAAAACAAUUUUAGCCGCCACUCUUCUUUGUAACAUUGAGGUAUAUUGUACUUUUGUAAGGUGCUAGAAAAAUAAAGCAAAAUAAUUUACCCUUCAAACUAUAUUUUACUUUUAUUUACUUAUAGUUAAGUAAUGUUCUAUGAACUAGUCAAAAUUUUAUUUGUUUUCGAGUGGCGGCAAAUAAAAGCAAUUUUAUACUUAUCUUAAUUAAUAAUCAGAAAUUGUUUAAAAAUGUAAUUUAAUAUUAUUGAACAGCUUAUGAUCCUCAUUUAGUUCGUUUCUUAUUUCAAUAAAUAUAUUUGUAAUAUCUUAA